GCGCGCUUUUUGACAGUACAAUACAAAACUAUGAAAACAUGUCUCCGGAUCUGAACUAACGGAAUUUAUUCAACAAUAAUAUAAGUUUUUGAAAGAAAAUUACAGUUUAUACAAAUAUAAAUAACUUAAAUUACAAUGAGUUCGCCAAUACCUGAUACGCCCGAUAGAGAUGGAGCUCGUUCUCGCAUGACAUCUCCAGCUCGUGAUUAUGAGAUGUUCGAAGACGAAGGGGCCAUUUUGGGUGACAAUCCUGAAGAAGAGGAAGAAGAUGGAGAGGAACUUUUUAAUGAUAAUAUGGAAGCUGAUUAUCGUCCAAUGCCAGCGUUGGAUAGGUAUGAUGCUGAAGAUCUGGACGAUGAAGACUACGAAGCAAUGUCUGUUGGAGACCGUGUGGCAGCAGAGCGAGAACUUCAGCGACGAGACAGAGAUGAGGGCAGGAUGAGGAGAGAUGAUCGAGAUUUACUUUAUGAUGAUUCUGAUGAUGAAAGCGGCGAUGCUCCUCGUGCUAAGCGUCGAAGAGCUGCAGAGAAGGCUGCUACAGGUUCAGACGAACAAGUUGAGGAAGGCAUUGAGAGUAUUGAGAACUUAGAAGACACAAAAGGGUAUACUACCAAGGAGUGGGUCUCUAUGUUGGGGCCAAGGACUGAGAUAUCUAACAGAUUCAAAAACUUCCUCCGCACAUACACAAACAGCAAGGGCCAAUUCGUGUACAAAGAAAGAAUCCGGCGCAUGUGUGAACAUAACCAGGCCUCGUUUCACGUGGAGUUCGAUGUGUUGGCGCGCAGGGAACAAGUGCUGGCUUACUUUUUGCCGGAAGCCCCCUUCCAGAUGCUGCAGAUCUUCGACGAGGUCGCCAAAGAAAUCGUCCUGCAGAUAUUCCCGAGCUACGAGCGGGUGACGUCAGAGAUCCACGUCCGAAUUGCAGACUUGCCGCUCAUUGAAGAGCUGCGGACGUUCCGCAAGCUGCAUUUGAAUCAAUUGGUGAGGACGGUGGGAGUGAUCACCGCCACUACGGGCGUCCUGCCACAGCUGUCGGUGGUGAAGUACGAUUGUAAUCGCUGCGGUUACAUACUUGGACCGUUCGUGCAGUCGCAGAACUCGGAAGUGAAGCCGGGAUCCUGUCCCGAGUGCCAAAGCGCUGGACCAUUUAUGGUGAACAUGGAACAAACAGUGUAUCGUAACUAUCAAAAAGUCACUAUACAAGAGUCUCCGGGGAGGAUUCCUGCGGGACGUAUACCAAGGAGCAAGGAUUGUAUACUGCUGUCAGACCUUUGUGACAGAUGCAAGCCUGGCGACGAAGUGGACCUCACGGGGAUAUACACUAACAAUUAUGAUGGCUCUCUAAAUACUGAACAGGGUUUCCCAGUAUUUGCAACGGUGAUCAUCGCAAAUUACAUAGUGGUGAAGGAUUGCAAGCACAUAGUGGAUUCACUAACAGACGACGAUGUUGCCAACAUAGUCAAACUUUCAAAGGAUCCUCAAAUAGGAGAAAGAAUCGUCAAAAGUAUUGCUCCAUCUAUAUAUGGACAUGAUUACAUCAAACGAGGCUUAGCACUCGCCUUGUUUGGGGGCGAACCUAAGAAUCCUGGUGAAAAGCAUAAACUAAGAGGGGACAUCAAUGUUUUGAUAUGCGGGGACCCCGGUACAGCUAAAUCACAAUUCUUGAAAUAUACAGAAAAGAUCGCACCCCGAGCCAUAUUCACAACUGGACAAGGCGCCAGUGCCGUCGGUUUAACGGCCUACGUGAGAAAGAGCCCAACUACAAGGGAAUGGACAUUAGAAGCAGGUGCGCUAGUUCUGGCAGACCGAGGCGUCUGUCUCAUAGAUGAGUUCGACAAAAUGAAUGACCAAGACCGAACCUCCAUCCACGAGGCCAUGGAGCAGCAGUCCAUAUCCAUCUCCAAAGCUGGUAUUGUCACAUCAUUACACGCGAGAUGUUCAAUAAUAGCAGCCGCUAACCCCAUCGGCGGUCGAUACGACGCGUCGCUUACAUUCACGGAGAAUGUCAACCUUUCCGAGCCGAUAUUGUCUCGGUUCGACGUGCUCUGCGUAGUCAGGGACGAAGCUGAUCCCAUGCAAGAUGCUCACUUAGCUAAAUUUGUAGUGAGCUCACAUAUAAGACAUCACCCAACUCAACGUGGUACACCUAUAGAAGAUACAUCAACGGACAAUGAAUUUAUCCUACCUCAAGAUCUAUUUAAGAAGUACAUUGUGUAUGCGAGAGAAAAUGUUCAUCCAAAAUUACAGAAUAUGGACCAAGACAAAGUUGCGAAAAUGUACAGCCAGCUGAGACAAGAAUCUUUAGCAACCGGCAGCUUGCCUAUCACCGUUCGACAUAUUGAAUCUGUUAUCCGGAUGAGUGAAGCGCACGCACGGAUGCACUUACGGAACCAAGUGAACGAGGAAGACGUUAACCUCGCCAUCAGAACCAUGCUGGAGAGCUUUGUGGAUACGCAGAAGUACAGCGUCAUGCGCGCUAUGAGACAGACAUUCCAGAAAUAUCUAUCAUACAAGAAAGAUCAUAGUGAGCUACUCUACUACAUACUCCGUCAGCUUACAAUGGAUCAACUAGCAUAUAUGCGGGGUCUUCAUAAUCAUUCACAGUCAACUAUUGAAAUCUCUGAGCGGGAUCUUAUUGAGCGAGCAAGGCAGAUUAACAUCUCAGACUUGAAACCCUUCUAUGAUAGCAGAAUAUUCAAAUUAAACAGCUUCAGCUAUGAUCAAAAACGUAAAGUAAUUAUUCAUACACUUCCCGAAGUGCCGUCUGUAUCAUAAAAUUAAAAUUAUUGUUAACCGAGUUUGUUUUACAUUUUAAGCUUUCUUCGUUGCUUUAUGAUGUGUCUUGUUGAUCGACCAUAUUGAAUCUUUUGUUUUUUUUUUUCUUGUCAUUUAUAUAAUACUAGGAGUAUAUUCCCACAGACGACAAUAUUCACAAUUUUUUUAUUUUAUAUGUAUUAAUGAUAGUUUUAAGUGGUAUUUUUAAAAUUUGGUAUAAUUCCAAAAAAAAUUCGAAUAUCUUAAGUCAGAGCUGAAUCGGUUUGCAAGGUAUUUUGUCGCUUUCGUAUUUUAAAGACUUAAUUUUCAUCUUCUCGACGAAUUUUUCAUUUGUAUAUUUUACUAUAUAUUAAAUGACAUUCAUUAAGUAGAGUUAUAUACAAAGAUGUAAACAGCUUCGAAUAGAGCUUUGUAUCUAACCAAUGACGACAAUGACAAGUUAAGAAAUAUUAAAAUUGUGUUUGCAAUCAAAUUUAUUUCCUUAAUGUAAUUUGAAUACAAUUGUUUUUAUAGAAAAUCAUUAUUUUAUAAUUAUUAUGUAACAUUCAUUUCAUUAAAAUAAAAUUAACUACAAUGUUUGCUAAUUUUUAUCUAUAAACUGAAACACAAUACAGUCGAGUUCUACAGUCAAAAAUGUUUAUCUGUGAUCGUAAAACAUGCACUAUAUAAGCUUGUUUUCAUUAAACGUGUUAAAUAUACCCACCUAAUUACACACAAUUAUUGUUAAUAUAAUAUGUGCCUUAAAUUUAAGUACAAAGUUGUUAAGUAUUCUGUAAUGUAACCCAUUUGCCGGUUUAAAUUGAACUGAUUUUUUUGUCAUUUUAUUGAAUAAAAUAUGCAUUACCUUACUGAAAUUGUUUUAUUCAUAUUAAAAUUCGAAUUUCAUACUUUGCUAAUUAAAUAAAAACAAUUUAACUCCAGAAAACAUUUUACAUAGUCUUAAUAUAAAUAGUAAAAUAGAGAAAUACACAAUCUACUACAAUACAUUUAUGUUUUUAAAACUACAAUAAGAGCAUGUUUUUACAGCUUUAAAACUAUGCCUAGAGUCACAUUUUUAAAACAUUAACACUAAGAUAGUAGAAUCACACAAAUUAAUAAUCUAUUUUUUUUUUAUAUAAAUUAUAAUGACCUUUAUUACCAAUAAACAAUAAAUAGAAUAACUUACAACAAUUUUUACAAGCCUAAUAUAAUUAAGAUAAACUAAGUCAUAGAUUAUUCUUUAACCCAAGUCUUAUUUGUUUAUCAGCAAUCAGGUAACAAUGAAAUUAUACAAGUUAAAAAUAUAAUAAUAUCAUGCCAGUAUGAUUAAUAAGGAAUAUAUAGACAAAAAUUUAACUUAUCCUAAUUUUCAAUGACCAGCAUCAUGUAUCAAACAUACUGGCAAACUGGAACUUCUCCAUCGCAUUUAAACAAAGAAACAAUUAUUUCCAAUAUAGAUACAGAUAGAAAAAGAAAAUAAAAACUAUAAAAGAAAGAUUAUAGAGAGUAAGUUUGUUAUAGAUAAUAAA